GCUACGAAGAAUAUAACAGAAAUACUAUAUAUUUCGUAUAUAUAUUAUAACGUUGCCACGCCGGUCGCAGUAACGUUCGCUCAUAGAUGUUUAGAAAUCAAAAUGUGCUCAAUAAUACUAACUGCAAGAACAGAUGGAGUUAUUGGCUUGUUUACAUCUCCGACCGAUUUAAUGUUUCAAUUUGAAAGAUUUCGUUACGAUAAUCAAACUCUUUUCCAAUGUGUAACUGAAAACUGUGCACUAAACGUACGUCAGGGACAAUUGAAGGGUUAUUUGUGCGAAAGCGUUUUAGGGACAUCUUAUUAUAGUUUCAAAGGAAUACCUUUUGCCGCUCCUCCUCUUGGUCCAUUACGAUUCAAGGAUCCAGAACCUCCUGCUUCAUGGACUGGUGUAAGAGAUGCUGGAAAUGUAGAGGUGAAUUUUUGUGUACAGCUGAAUGAAAUGUUACCAAACAAUAUUAUCGGUAGCGAAGAUUCUCUUUAUCUCAACGUUUACACGAAUUCAUUCACGGACAAUAAAGCUGUUAUAGUUUUUAUCCAUGGAGGUGGAUUUGUUCAAGGUUCUGGCACCGAUAAAUUUAAUAAACCAGACUAUUUUAUGAACAAAAACAUUGUUUUCGUGACUAUUAAUUACAGAUUAGGAGUUUUAGGAUUUUUCAACUUGGAUGAUGAGGUCGCAGCUGGUAAUCAAGGUUUAAAAGAUCAAGUGGCAGCAUUAAAGUGGGUCCAAGAAAAUAUCUCUCAUUUUGGAGGAAAUGCUAAUAAUGUAACGAUAUUUGGAAAUAGCGCUGGUGCAGCAUGCGUUCAUUUAUUAACAAUAUCGCCUAUGGCAAAAGGUCUUUUUCACAAGGCUAUAUGUGCAAGCGGAGUAGCGACAUGUCCUUGGAGUAUAGGAUUAAGUAAGCCAGAAAAUUGCAUUAAACUUGGACAAAUGCUUGAUUUCUGCGAUUCGAAGGAUCCUAAAAAAGUCGUUGAAUUUCUUCGAACGGUUCCAGCUGAGGAACUUAUAAGGGCACAGUUCUACAUGACUGAGAAUGUCAAUGAUAUACCGGCUGGACCUGUUAUCGAUGCCAAAUCCAAAAAUCCAUUUCUCCCUCGUCCGCUUAACGAACUCUUGAAAAACGACGCUGAUAUACCGAUGUUGAUCGGAUAUACGAAUAAUGAGUUUAUAAUGUUCUUAAAAAAAAAUAGCGACGAGGAUUUGAAAAAAAUGGAUCAAAAAAUGAGAUAUAAUAUUGAACAAUUAGCAAUCUCAAAGGAGCCAGAGAAAAUUGAACGAUUAAUGAAAGAUGUGAGAAAUCAUUAUUUUGGAAACGAUAAACCAAUAAGCAAGGAAGAUAUUCCGUCUUUGAUCAAUGUUAUGAGCGAUAUAUAUUUUUGUCAUCCAAUCAAUAACAUAGCCGAUGAUCGUAGAAAGAGAAAGUGUGCACCGACAUAUCUGUAUAAAUUUUCUUAUGUUGGCGAAGAAACGACAAUUAAUCAAUUAUUAAGACAAAAUGAAAUACGAUCGGAAAACUUACGUUACUAUCCAAAGGGUGCAUCUCACGCCGAUGAAUUAUCUUAUCUCUUUUAUUUACCAUUUUGCAAAGUUACAAAUCCUUUACCACCAGCGAAAGGAACUAAAGAUAGGGAUAUGAUCGAACGACUUACGUAUUUAUGGACUAAUUUUGCCAAAACUGGGAAUCCAACGUCAUCGUUGAAUGAAUAUGUUAAUACUACCUGGACACCUGUAAGUAAAGAUACUCUUACUUAUUUGGAAAUAAAAGAUAUGGUAAAUUGUCCAUUCAAAGAUGAGUUAGCAGAAAUGAUUAAAAAACAUGCUUAAAAAAUGAAAAAUAUUUUAAUCAUACGGCGGGAUACGGUAAUAUUCUAUGGUUCAUAUAUUAUUAUUAUUAAUUAUCAUU